CUCCUAGGCUACUAUUUCUUGCACGUGGGCAUUGGCAACAGUACGGCGCAUCUUCUUCUAAGAUACAGCUGCGCUCGAGAUUCUGCUCACGGAAAUCAUAUACUUACUUCCUAAGUGCGGGGCGACAUUCAUUUUGACGACAUGGCUUCCUCCAGCUCGUGUGCAGCGUCCAUGAUAAAGUCCUCCUCCAUCCCCGCGACAAAUCCGCACGUUCCCAACGGUCACUUGGCGCUGAAAAAGCGGCAGUUUGGCGUCUCGCCACCCGUACUGUCAGCGAGGCACACUGGAUCGAGAGCCACGCCCCUCGGGAGCACCCCCGCUUCGUCUUUUUCCACCAAGAAGAACGUGAAUUGUGGCGGAUCGCGACUGGGACCUGUUCGCUGCGAGGCGGCGCCCUCCCCCCCGCCGGGAGGGCCAAUAGGUGGCGGAGGCGGAGGCGUAGGAGCGAGCGACAGCCUGAAGCGCGCAGCGCGAGAGUUCUUCUCUGCGAGCCAGGGCCACCAUGGCCGCCACGGCGGUCACGGCGGCCACGGCGGCGACCAUGGUCUCCAUCCCACUGCCAAUAGCACCCACAUCACUGCGCCGCAUAGCGCCGCCACGCCUGCUGCGGCUCCUCUGGACAGCCGAGUGGAGGAUGCAGUUGCUGCUCAUGGUGGGGACUAUCUCGCGAAGGACGAAGACGCCGCAUGGUCCGCGCUGAUAGCAGGGCUGGCGAGCCGGCAGAGCGCAGGCAGAAGGAACGACCCGCUCUCAGCAGCCGUGCUGGAGUCGAAUAUCUUGCCCGAGAUCGCGUUGUGCGUGGAUGCGGAUGGGGACGUGCGUGUGGAUGUGAGCGCAGCAGAAGCAAUGGUAUCGCCCCCGUCGUCAUCGCCAUCAGCUGCUGCUGCGGAUCCCAGCAGGAGCGCUGCUGCAGACAGGCUGAUUCUCCUUCGCCCAGAUAAAAACACUGGUGUGGAUGGGAUGGCGGGUGCUGCUACAACCACUGCGACCGCUGCUACAGCCACUGCGACCGCUGCUACAGCCACUGCUGGCCCGGCAGUCGUGACGGCUGCUCUAGUGAACGGCAAGUCAAGCAAGUCUCCUGCAGUGGCGCCCAACUCUGUCAUCGGCCCGUCGUCGCUCUCUCAAAGUGCUGCUGCUGGUGCUGGCGAUGCAGGGAGCAGCGGUGGGAUGGGCGGCAACGAUGGCAACAGCAGCAUGCGUCGUGGUGCUGUCUCUUCCACCUCGGCUACUGCUGGCCCCCUCUCUGCUACCGCUGUAUCAACGCGUGAUGGCAGCAGCACCGCUGCACCUGAUGGUGCUGCUGCUGUGAGGGCGACGGUGACGACACAGCAGCGCGCGGGCAGCGAGCAGGCAGGGCAGCAGGGGCUGGGGAUCAUCCCCUUCCUCAAGGGCAAGAACAUCCUCAUCACGGGCGCCACUGGCUUCCUUGCUAAAGCUCUGGUGGAGAAGAUCCUUCGCGAGCAGCCGGACGUGGGGCAGCUGUACCUGCUCAUCCAACCGCGGGGGGACACCACCGCGCACCACCGACUCACCUCGCAGGUGAUCCCGUCGGCCAUCUUUGCGCAUCUGAAGCAGCGCCACGGCGAGGGCUACGAGGCGUUCAUGGGCGGCAAGCUCACGGCUGUGGACGGCAACAUCGGCGAGGAGCACCUGGGGCUCAGCGCCGUCACCAUGGCUGCGCUGUCUGACAAAGUGGACUUCAUUAUCAACUCCGCCGCCACUACUGACUUUGACGCCCGGUACGACGUGGCUCUGAACAUCAACACACUCGGCCCGAGGCGACUGCUGGCGUUCGCCAAGCAGUGCAGGCACCUGCAGCUGCUGCUGCAUGUAUCCACUGCCUACGUGAACGGCAAGCGCAAGGGGCGGGCCAUGGAGCGCGCCUUCACGCCCGGCGACACCAUCGCAGCUGAGAUGCUCGCGCCCGGCCCCCACUCCACCCCUGCAGCAAAGGCGGCUGCAGCAGCGGGCAUCCCUGCGCUGGAUGUGGACGGCGAAGUGGCGUUCGCGCACCGGGAGCGGGCGGCGGUGGAGGCGGCGGCUGUAGCGCGGGGGGCGAGCAAGGACGAGGUGGCUGCGGCUGUCAACGCACACAUGUCCGCGCUGGGGCGUGCCAGGGCGCAGGUGUUUGGGUGGCAGGACGCGUACGUGCUGUCCAAGGCCAUGGGGGAGAUGGCUCUGGGGGAGCAGUGCAGGGGAGGGGAAUGCGGGGAGGGGGACGAGGACGUGGGGGUGGUGCCGGUGGUGGUGGUGCGGCCGAGCAUAGUGGAGAGUGCUCUGUGCGAGCCCAUGGCGGGAUGGAUGGAGGGCAUGCGCAUGGCGGACCCCAUCCUCAUGGCAUAUGGCAAGGGCGCCAUGGCUGGAUUUCUCGCCUACGGGGUGGCUGACAUUAUCCCAGUCGACUUUGUAGUGAACGCUAUCAUAGCCGUUGCUGCUGGCAAUGCCAAGCUGCCCCCACAAGGAUCCAAUCACUCCAGCCCCAGCAGCACCAGUUCCCCCUCUGGCUUUCACCUGCCUUGUGUGUACCACGUGACGACUUCAGUGGCUAACCCGCUGCACGUGAAGACCAUUGCUGAUGCUGCCACGGAGCAUUUUGCUGCCAAGCCCAUGAAGCAGAAGGAUGGGUCGCCCAUUGCCGUGGCACCUGCUAGAGUCUUCAGAUUUCCCCCGCUGUUCCUGCUGGACCUCUGGAUCAGAUAUCAGCUGCCCAUGCUGGUGAUGAAGCUCUUCCCAAGAAAGGGAACUGCAACAGCGCGACGGACGACAAUCAUGAUGAAGACGAUUGAAUCACUCAUGCACUUCGCCAAGAUUUACUCCCCGUAUACUACUUACGAGGCACAGUUCGAUUCAAGCAACACCGAAGAUCUUUUCGCCAAGAUGUCAUUGGAAGAGCAGCAAAAAUUUGACUUCAAUGUGCGCAACAUUAAUUGGCACAACUACAUGUGCAACGUUCAUAUUCCAGGGUUACGAAAGUUUGUUCUUAAGGGAAGAGGCUCCAAGGAUUUGUAAAUAUUUGUAUAACCCCUUCCACUUGUCCAAGCCAAGUGUUGAGCAUGUUUCAUACUCCCUACGUUGCUCUAAUUGUUUUGAAAGAUGUACUUUGCAAGAAAAUUCAUUAAUAUUG